GAUCGUAACUGAGUUCAUUGAGUUUCUAUUCGUCAACAAAAGAACUUGUGCCUCCGAGGCAGUCGUAUAUUCUAAAAUUGUUUAUAAGUGUAUAAUCGUAUUUAAAAACAUUGUCCCCAGCAAUUUGUUUUGUGUGAAAGCAAUAUGGGAAAGGCUGACGAUGAGCCUCCAUUAACAAAUCGCGUGGUCGAAGGAUCACAUCAAAAGUUUCCUAUAAAAAUAGCGAAAAUUGCUGCACACGUUGAAAAUGGAAGUACACCAUCAAACGAUGAUUUUCAAUAUAAAGAGAAAAUGUUUCGGCCGAUAAGCGGAUUUAACAUAAAAGAUUUGCGAAAUGUGGCUGGCAUCCACUUCGGCUUUUUGAUAUUGGACGAAACAAACGAAAACGAAGAAAAGAAAACGGCUCUGUGGCUUGCACUCACGUCAAAUUUCGAACUCAAUUAUUGUCACCAUAGAGAUUUUGGUGUAGUCGUCAGACGCUUUAUUCGUGAGUUCUUUAUCGUCGCCAAAAAAAAUCUAUUCGACGAAAAUGAGGACAUCGACAGUGGAAUCGAUGAAGACUAUAGCAAUAGUGUUACAGCAUUCUCGUCCACCGUUGAAAAUUUGUACAAACAUCUUGAAGCGGCACAUGCGGUUGAUGACGUUUCGGGACUUUAUACGGACGAGUACAUUCAACAUGCUUCGUUGAUGGUGACUUUAAAACCGUAUCAAGUCAAAACUGUUAAGUGGAUGUUGAGCCGUGAACGUGUGCCGAAAUACCACACGAACGGUUUCGUCGAAAUUAAGAGACGUUCGAUUGGGUCCGAAGACGAAUCGACCAGAUUUUUCUACAAUCCAAAAACAUGUAAUUUGACAACAGAUCCGGACAUCGUUAGACCGGUUCUGAUUCCAACCGGCGGAAUAUUAGCCGAAGAAAUGGGAAUGGGGAAAACGAUUGAAAUUUUGGAUUUGAUAUUACUCCAUCCACGACGACUCGAUAAACGUCAAUUCUCUGAUCCUCCAAUUGCAAAGGCGAUCGAAAGACCGGUAACUAAGGCUGAUCUGAAAUGUCUAUGUGUUCAAACCAGAAUAGUAGAUUCAAUCCGGUGUACAAAAUGCUCGAAAGUGCAGCAUCGAAAAUGUGUUGAUCAUCAAGAUUCAGAAAUCACGCCAGACGCCAGUUACAUAUGUCCCUGUUGCUGGGAGAAUGAAGAGCUAAUCCCAGCCAAAACAACUUUAAUUGUGUCGCCGCAAUCCAUCAAAAUGCAAUGGAAAACUGAAAUUGACAAACGAAUUCAGGCUGGAACGAUGUCGGCAUUCGUAUACGUUGGGUCUAAAUCCUGCAAAUGGAUAAGUCCCGCGAAAUUGGCAAGCUAUGAUGUCAUUUUAACCGACUACGAAACACUCCGAAGUGAAUUCGAUUUCACUGGACGCAACUCCUCGACACGCGUACUUCGAAACAGUUCCACCACCAUCAAACGUAAAUCUCCACUUUUGCGCAUGAAUUUCUGGCGCGUCUGCUUGGACGAAUCUCAAAUGGUAAGCGACAUGCGUACGAAGCACUCAAUUCUCAUAUCCGACCUGUCGGCCGUUCACCGCUGGGCUGUCACGGGAACGCCGAUCCAAACAACGUUGGAUGAUCUGUUUGGAUUAGUGUCUUUCAUCGACUACUCGCCAUACAAUAAAAUUGGACGAUGGCAUGAAAUUGUGCAGCAAUUGAAUGUGCUGGCGAAUUUCGAACCGAUUGUGUCUGUACUUCAGCCGAUUAUGCGACGCACCUGCAAGACCGACAGUAUUAUGGCUGAAAUGGAUGUGCCGAAACAAAGACAGGAGGUGCAUAUGAUUGAAAUCUCAUCGCUGGAUCGGCAUCAUUACAACGAAGAGCGCUUGAAAUGUAGUAAAGAACUCAAUAAACUGAUAAAAGCAUACCACGUCAGUACUCGAUUGACGACAUUAAGUCCAUAUGCUUUGGAACAGUUGAUGGAACCUGUACGGACAUUACGUCGUCUUUGUUCGAUUAUUCAUGUGACGGACAAACAAGGCAACACAAUUGUGAUGAGACCGCAACAGAUGUUAAAUCAUUUGAUCAACACUAACGUUUCGGGUGCUAAAUUUGAACUGGCAUCAAUUUUGUCUAAAUUGAAGUGUUUCGUCGCGUUAGGCACAGGCAAUCAUAAGAGACGUGAUAACGUGGCUGGUAUGGCAUCGGAAACGUGUCAAAAUUUGUUGAACUGGUCCAAGGACUAUCAAAACGAGCCGACUAUGAUUGAAUCGUUGCUGCAGAUUCAGGUAACCCAAUUCUUCGCUUUGGUGAAGAGACAAAAUACUUCAAGCAAUAUAGACUUGGCGUCACUCGAAAAGAACUUCUAUGGCAGUCAACUGGAAGCGAUCAUCCAUUUCAAAGCAGAUCGCCAAAAAGAUGUCGGCAAAUUGAGAGAUUCCGAAGCUUAUUUCCAAAGCAAUUGCCACAAAUGGGCUCACGCCAUACUGACUGGUCAGAAGUCGGAUUUACAAUUGUUUUGUCAAAUAAAAAGCCGAACAAACGCAGCGUACGAGAAUGUUACUGGCAUCGUCGCAUCAAAUGCUAGUGUUUUGAAUACUUUGGCCGGAUGGUCCCAAAAUCUGCUGGUUCAGCGUAAAAUUUUCAAACAAUCAUUUGCUCAGUUGGAUAAUCUUGUGAGCGCGCUCGAGUCUACUUCCGAUAAGGAGAAGCUGGCUGCAGAACUUUUUGCUAUCCUUUCAAAAGAAGCUACAAUUUGCCAUUUGAAAGACACUUUGGAUAUUUCACUGAAUGGUUGGACAAACGAUGAUGAUGAAGAAGAAGUUGAUGAACCGCCAACGAAAAGAGCACGAAUUAUCGAUUCGAAUUCGUAUGGUCCAACAGCAUCAAAAAAAGCAAAAACAGAAUGUACUCUCUGUUCAAUAUGGAAACAACUUGAGCGGUACGGUUCAUUCAUCAGCGACAAUGCGCAUAAAAUGACCAACAAAGCGGCACGGGGUGGUGAAAAUAUUAAUCCGUCUUUCCAAGAAUUCAUAUUGAAAGUGAUUUUACAAAGCAACGAAUAUUUGGGCAACAUAAAUACCAAAGUUGGCAUCGAUUUGUUGACUGCUCUGGAAAAUUUCCGAUUUGAAUUCCACGCAUACAAAAAUCUGUUGACUUCAAUCAGACAGAAUGUCAAUUCUUUCCUCCGUGUUCAGAAAAACAGACCACCAAAGCCUACAGUCACUGUUGACGUAACAGCAAUGGAUUACUGGAUGAAAAAUAUCGAAUCCAGUAAAGAGACCUAUUCUCGCUUGGUGCGUGUGAAUCGCUAUCUCAACUCUAUGAAGGAAAAUGUCGACAUCGACGAAUGCUCCAUCUGUAUGACACCAAUUGUGCAGUGCGUUUCGUUUCAAUGCGGGCAUCAGUGUUGUGAUGAAUGUUUCGCACAACUCCGUCACACCAUUUUCCGGAAUUUUGAGUGUCCGUUCUGUCGUCGAAUGCAACGAUCGGAUACCGUACGUCACUUUACAGUGGACACGGGUGAAAAGUUCACUGAUUCAUCGACUAAAAUCGAACACAUCGUCCGUGAAGUUCACAAAUUGAAACAGUCGGAUCCGAAAGUGAAAAUUUUACUGUUCUCGCAGUGGGCUGACGUUCUCUAUACGUUGAAAAAUGAAUUGCUGAGCAAUGACAUCGCCAGUCGAAAUAUGAUGAACACAAGCAAAUCAUUUCAAAAAAUGCUCGAAGAGUUCAAGGAUCCGCAGAAAAACAUUACGUGUCUGUUGAUGCCGUAUAAAUAUGGAUCGAAAGGACUCAAUCUGAUUGAAGCGACUCACGUUUUUCUGGUUGAGCCGAUUCUCAAUCGAGGCGAGGAACUCCAAACGUUAGGCCGGGUCCACCGAAUCGGCCAACAAAGAGAGACUGUAGUUCAUCGUUUCAUCACCAAGAAUACCAUCGAAGAGACAAUCUUCAAAGUGAUGUCCACCGAAGCUGCAGGACUUUUGGCAUCCGAUAAUUGUACAAUCAAAACGUUAUUGGAUUUGUUUGUUGAUACCGACUCCGAGGCGUCGACCGCCUAAUUAACGCAAUCAUAUUACUCUGAUCUCUAUGCGUCACAGUCGUACGUUCAGAAGUUUGUUUUAUUUUUGUAGCGAGAAGUUUUCUUUAUCUGAAUAUAUUUCGGUUUUUUGUU